CAUGUUAAUAUACUAUAAGUUUUGCUUCUGCCUAUUCUUUAAAUUAUCGUGUUUUUAUUGCUCAAUAUAUUUGAUGUUCACAUCACAUGGUUGAAAUUCAUUUGAAUCCUUCUUUCAAAACGCGGGAUCAUUCUUCGAGAGAAGCCAUUUUCCUUUCUUGAUAAAUUACAGAUAUUUAUUUAAAAAAUGUGUCCUAGUUGGAAAUCUCAAAAUCUUAAAUGAUUAGGAAAUAAUAAAUUUAAUCAUAUAACAUAUUUGAACACUCCAAUUAUGUGUAGGUCUAGACACUCCCUUAAUAAAUAGGAAAUUUUCUAAUUUUUUUUUAAAAAGAGGUAGACUUGUAAAGUUAAGAAUAUUUCUAGCUCAAUUGCUAAUUUUUUUUUUUUUUUUUUUGGAGAAACAAACUUAAGCUAAAUUUAAAUAGUAAGUUUAAUCAAUAUUCUCAAUCAGGUCAAGAUACAAAUUGAUAUUGAUGAAUGUGAGAUUUGAAUCUAAAUUAGUUAUUCGGCAAGAGACUUUAUCAGUUGAGCUAAUGAACUUCAUUAUGAAGGACACAAAUUACAGAAGACUCUGCAGCACAAAGACUGUGUCAUCUGUAAAUGAUAAUUUCCCUGGACCAACCAUUCCAGAUCACAAAUGGGAUACUGUUUUUGUUAAUAUACACGAUCGUGGAAAAUAUGGAAUCACAAUCCAUUGGCAUGGAAUCCGACAACCAAGAAAUCCAUGGUCAGAUGGACUAAAGAACAUUAUGAAGUGUCCUAUUCCACUUAAUACAAGCUUCACUCAAGAGAUAAUAUUUUUCAUAGAAAAAGGAACUCUAUGGUGGCAUGCACAUAGUGAUUGGUCUCGUGCCACAAAACAUGGCGCCAUUAUUAUUUUACCUACUUUGGGAACCACCUAUUUGUUUCCUAAGCCUUAUGCAGAAGAGGCUAUUGUUCCUGGAACUACAUAUCGUCUACCAGUUAACUAUGGCAGACCUAUCUUCUACGCAUAAUCAAUUCCAUAACGAAUGUAGAACAAUGUUUUGGAAUUGCUAAGCACUACCUCAUAGUUGUUGGGAUUGAUGGUGCAUACAUCAAACCAAUAAAAACUAAUUAUAUCAUGAUAACUCCAGGACAAACAAUGGAGGUUUUUGUCACAGCCAAUCAAUCUCCUAGUCAAUAUUACAUUGCACCAACACUACAGCAAUUCUCCAAUAUAAAGGCAAUUAUACUACCUCAUCAUCUAUUCCCAUCCUAAAACUUCCUAGCUACAAUGACAAAGACGCUGCUAGCAAGUUUACAAUACGUUUAAGGAGCUUAGCAAGCAAAGAACAUCGUAUCAAUAUGCCAAAAAAGGUUAUCAAGAUUCAAGAAGCUUGACUAUCAGUGUUACAGAAGUCUUUGACAGUAAAUUAUAACGAUGUAGUUGAGAUAGUAUUUCAAGUAACUAAAGUUGGGGUUGCAGAUAAUCACCCUAUGCAUCGAUCUACAUGGUUUUAGCUUCUAUGUAAUUGGGAUGGGCUGAGCUUCUGAACAGUGAAAUGUUGCUUAUUAUUAAAUAAUACUAAAUAAUCUUUUUUGCUAA